UCUCAUUAAAAGACAUAAUGCCACCUCAGCAUUCACAACAUAAUCCACUAUCAAAGAUAAAGUUUAAGAUUAGUAAGAAGGUGGAAUCUCUUUGUCAAUGUAAUUAGAAAAGUUGUUUAAUUUGUGCUCGAAAAAGAUCAUCCUCUAUGUUAAAUAUAAAAAAUUCGUUGGUGGUUGAUGAAAGUUCUCCUGUUUCUAAGAGAACAGUUGAUCAGAAAGCCAUUUUAGUGUAAUAAGCUGUAGUCUCAAAAUAAAUAUCAAGAUAACAAUCAAAUCAUGUCAUACAUCACAGUUAUUAUAGUGGGAAAUAAAUCAAUAAUACUACUUCAACUACAAUGGUUAAUAAUUCUCGGACAAGAAAGACAUCUCUUGAAUCUUCACCUCCUAAAGAAAAUGGUAAAGUAAUUAAAAUAUAUAUAGUAAUCGGAAGACAUUCUUUCAAAUUUCUAUAUGUAAUUGGAAAAGGUGGAUUUGGAAAAGUUUGGAGAGUUGAAAUGAAAGCUAAUCGAUAAGAAUAUGCACUAAAAGAAAUGCUAAAAUCAAAGUAACUUCAAUAUUUAAUUAUUAUUAGAAUCAUCUCAAAAAGGUCUGUUAAUUCUGUGAUGAAUGAAAAAUAUUUACUCGAACAUCUCAAACAUCCUUUUAUUGUUAAUAUGCAUUAUGCAUAUUAAGAUAGAGAGAACCUAUAUCUUGUAUUAGAUUUAUUAAGAGGAGGAGAUCUAAGAUAUCAUAUAGGUAGAAAUACUAAAUUCUCUGAAGAAUAAACAAGUAUCUUUUAAUUAUUAUUUUUUAGAAUUUUUUGUAUGUUGUAUUUUAUUAGCACUUUAAUAUUUACAUUAAAAUGGCAUAAUUCAUAGAGAUGUAAAGCCUGAAAAUCUUGUCUUUGAUAAGGAUGGAUUUUUAAGAUUAACAGAUUUAGGAGUUGCUAGAUUAAAUAAAGAUUCUACUGCUAGUGAUACUUCUGGAACUCCUGGUUAUAUGGCUCCAGAAGUUAUGUGUAGAUUAGAUCAUUCAUUCCCUGUUGAUUAUUAUGCAUUAGGAGUUAUUGCAUAUGAAUUAUUACUUGGCAAAAGACCAUAUAAUGGAAAGAAUAGAUAAGAAAUUAGAGAUCAGAUCUUAGCUAAAUAAGUUUAAAUUAAAGAUGAAAGAUUCUCUCAUAAGGCCUAAGAUUUUAUUAAUAGAGUAACAUUUAUUGUAUAUUUAAUUUUAGCUACUUAUCAGAAAACCCUAAUAAAGAUUAGGUCAUAAUGGUAUUGAAGAAAUUUUUGAACAUUAAUGGCUCAAAGGAUAUCCUUGGGGCAAAUUAAUCAACAAGGAAAUUAAGUCAUAAUAUGUUCCUGGAGUAUAUAUUUUUUUUAGUCUUUUUUUAAGAGUAUAGAUGGAAAUUUCGAUUUUCAAAGUUAGAUCUCUGCUGAUAGUGAACCCCAAGAAGAUGCAGCUUCUCUUAUCAGACGAAAAAGUGUUUAAUGCUUAUUUGAAGGAUACAAAUUUCAAUGA